AUGACGAUCUGUUAUACCUUCACCCUUUGCGGGAUUUUCGCCGUCAUAUCGGGCCUGUGUUCGCGGACCGCUGUGACGGCGGCAUGGUCAGUCACAGAGCACCACCCAGCAUCAGUGGGGCAUCACGCAGCAGCCUUGGGUCACCACCAUCCUUAUCACACAACCAACCCGCACGGCAAUGCUUUCAGCCAAGCUCCAUCUCAAGACAGUCACAUCCAGUACAGCCCCAACCACAGAUACAGUCACGACCAACUUGACAUACUGCGCCGGGUUGAGGCGGUGCGGCAGCAGCGUGACAGUCAGCCGCCGCCGCUCUUCACUGCUGUGGCUGCCGCUGCUACGUCAGCCGAAUCCUUUGUCCUCGACUUCCCUCUCAAACGGGCUGCUGAUACAAAUGCUGCUACAACCGGAGCAACCAGCCUGCAACCCCAUAGGAGGAGGAGGCAGCGAACAGUGAUCGUCGGGCCAGUCUCCCUGCAACGUGCCGCUACAGCCGCGGGGUACGAGCCGCCUGAGAAGCGCCCGACAGGCCCGUGCACGUCGCUGGAGAGGGUCUUCAUCGUCAACGUCACGGCGCCUGCUGACUUCGCCGCCAGGGCCUCUCUCCCGCCCACCACCACCGUCAUUCUGUAUCUACAGAACGACUUGACGCUGCCGCAAGGGGUUUUGUUCUCGCGGCAGCAGGCGUGCACGAUGCUCAUGUCGGCCAAGUGGCCCGGCUACACGCUGACUGGUGGCGACCCCAUGUACCCCGUGCUGCGCGUGUGGAACACGAGCAACGUGGUGUCACUCAACGUCAACUACCACCUGCCGGUGACAGAGAGCAGCCCCGAGUGCACCACUGUGCCCGAGCUGGGCAAGGGAGUCACCUGCCCCGCCAUCUCCAUCCAUCGCUCCUUCGGCGUGCAGGUUGGCAAGGGCAACGUCUUUGGGCGAGUGGACGUGCUACGCAGCAUGGAGGUGCGGCUGGACUCACUCACGGUCACGGGAGUGGCGUCCUUCAACCGGUCGCCUGGGGUGAUCCGCGUGGCUCUCUGUGGGUACGGGCCGGCACUGCUCAAGUCCAACGUUGUCGUCUCCAACAAUGAGGUGUACGGGGUAAACACCCCGAUCGUCAUGCACAAGGGAGCGGUGGGUGUGACGGUCCGGAACAACUACGUGCACAACUUCAUAUUCGCCGGCAUUCGGUGUGGCCUGGACGUGCAUUACAGCGCCGACUGCAUGCUGACGCGCAUCAACUCAAACCUCGUGGUGGCGGCGGGGCGCAACAUGAACGGCGACCACGACGCGGCGGGCAUCUACUACUACACCCACUGGUUCAGCCCGGGCAACAGCGCACUCUGCAACUACGUCUUCCACGGCGACCACUGCUUCUACCUCGACUACUGCACGUCGGGCGUGCUCGUCAGGGGCGGUGCGUGCGUCAAUACGUACGACGGCAUGAAAGUGAACAACGGCAAGUGCAGCCUCCUUUGCCAGCAACUCUCGUUGUCCCUCUCGUUGCCGUACUGCCCUGUACUGCCGUCCACCCCUUGGUCCCCGGUGCUGACUGAGUGCAGGAACGUGAUAGAGAACGUGGCGAUGAAGGGCACGCAGGGCUCGCUGGGGUGGACGUCGUGCUUCACAGUGACAGUCAACAACUGCCUCAAAGACCCGGGCAGCUACUGGGAGGCCAUGCGCGUCAAGUACUACAACAGCAAUCGCAUCAACCGGCUAUGGCCUUGGAUGAAGAAUGUUUGCAAGGAAACAUCGGCCAAUGGCGGCGUGCCAUGUAACCCGCCAGGUCAGCCUGGUGCUGACGUCACGGGAGCAUGCAGCGGGCUGGGAACAGACAACCUCAUCGACGUUGUCGCCGUCAACACCACCGAAUACGGCCUCGACUGGAAACAUUGCGAGAAUUUUCCCGUUACGGAGAAAUUGAAUCGGGAGAUCAACAUUACCAUGAGACGACCUUUUGCUGCGGCCGGGUUCCGGUCUCUACACUCUUCACACUGGCCCGCGUGCACGGCAGCGGACGCAGCAGCAGCAGCAGCAGCAGCAGCAGCAGCAGCAGCAGCAGCAGCAGCAGCAGCAGCAGCAGCAGCAGCGGCAGCAGCAGCAGCAGCAGCAGCGGCAGCAGCAGCAGCAGCAGCAGCGGCAGCAGCAGCAGCAGCAGCAGUCGCCGCCGCCGCAGCAGCAGCAGCAGCCGCAGCGGCCGCCGUCGCAGCAGCCCCUACUCCCAGUUCCUGUCCCUCCCCCUAG